GAAUAAACUCAGUGAUGUUGCAGCCUCCCUGCACCGGGUGGCGGCCACCGCAAAUGACAGAGGUGUGCAAUGGGCAGCAAAACAUGUACUGGACUGACCGGCCUGAGGCCUGGGUCCCACAAGUCAGACGCGUCCCGGAGGUGCCCAUGCACCCCCAACAGUCUGUGACACCUUUGCGGUGGGAGGCGGUUGAUGUGGAAAGUUCGUGGGACCCAAGGCUAGGGACCAAAGAUGUUGAUGCCUGGGCGACGCACUAUCCGCAACGCGAGAUCCGAUCGCAGUGGCCGCCGAGUUGCAAAUGUAGGGCCGGUAGCUUUGGCAACGGCCGAAUGUGUAGUACCUAUCGGGAAGGAGCGAAGAUGUACGCUGAUCAGAAGACUUUUCAACAGUCAGCAGCUACGCGUUUGAAGGCGCUUGAGCUGGAACAUCAAGAGCUUCGGCGGCAGAUCAACCAAGAGCUGCCUCCUGCUUGCACUUUCAGAUACCGUGGUUCGUUUGGGAAUAAGUGGCAGGCAGCCUUUUCAGGUGCCAAAAUCAGCUCAAGGGGGAAAAGGUCAGCCGCACAAGCCAGCAGGAGUUGCGCUGCGAGGGCAGCUGUGGAAGUCGAUGCACCAAAGCACGAUCUCGGAGUGCCUGUGGUGGUCCACCAGGCCCAAACCUUGGCAGAAGCAGCGUGGGCAUGCACCGAGAUGCCCGGCAGGAGCGGGGGAGUCGUGAGCACUGGAACCGCGGCUCAAACCAGGGACUGUCGGCCCAAGGCUGCCAAAAGCGACAGGCAAGUUGUGCAACACAGAUGCCCGGGCAGCCGAUUGAUCACAGGAUGCAGCAGUAUGAACUAGAUGGCCAACAUUUUGCCGUCCAAGAUGCUACCAUGGGCCAUCAGGGAUGUUGGGCUCAGCAGCUUGGUCAUCAGGAGCAACAGCAAGUUCAGUACACUCCAGCACUUUCUGCAAGUGGAAUGCCUGACUUGCAUCAGAUGCCGCGUGCUGUGUGCCCGACACCAUAUGCGCUUGGCUCCGUGUGUGGCCGUGGCGAACGAGAGCUUCCUGGAUGGAGGAGCUGCAAGGACAGCAAUGAAAUUCUGGGCACUUGCUCUGAAAUCAUCACCUCCACUGCUCGGUACAUUUUUGAUGUAGUGAAAAGUCGCGACCUGAACCGCAAAAGCCCGCUGAAGAUCUUGUCAGCUGCAGAUGGCUGUGCGGAUGAUACAAUCCAGGAAGCUCAGGCCCGUUACGUGCCAACAAGUGUCAUGCUGGCUCAUGCGUUUGCAGCUUCCACUGGCGGGUGGUCAGACUACAGGACGAAGAUUCGAGUGUAUGGCGGAGACGUGCGGAAUGCCAUUAUGCCGUUCUGGCAGCCCCAAGCCCUUCCAUGGCAGCUUCCAAUGUUCCUGGAGCAUCGCUUCAUUGCAUUGGACAACACGAAGGACUUUGCCCCGCAGCUGUACAAUGGUCAGUGCGAGGCUGGCCAGCUCUUUGAUGUCGUCUUACUUCGGCAGGGUCUUUGCUUUUGUGAUGAUCCCUCGAAAAUGGCCAGUUCAUGGCCGAUAGAGGUGACCCUCUCCUGCAAGUCGUGCAUGAGCUGCCGUGCUGUACUUCCCCCUGAGUCACUACCACAGCAGGAUCCGGCAACUGUCAGAAGAACUGCAAUUUGUGGGGUCUACCGACUUGAGCCGUUUCUGUGCGAGAAUCGGCCUGCAUAUCGUCUUGGGCGAUGUGUGCUCCGAUGGUGUCCAGACAGACUGGAGUGGGCUGUCUUGGAUGAUGCGGACGGUGGAGCUUGGGCUUUUGCGCGCGGAGACCUUGGGCAUCCAAUCCUGUCGAGAGGACCAUGGACAGUUUGGGAUGGACAAAACCAUAUCUCGGAUGCCAGCUUUGCCUGCAAUUUGGUUCAAGAAGCUUCUUCACCGCCGUCCGGGGCUUUGGACACUGACUGCAGCGACCAAGUUAGCAACAUGACGAACUGCAAGGAGGGUUCAGACUGA